AGUAAUUCUCAGAAAAUGCAACGACAAACUACCAAACUUCAUCUCUCCUUCCUUAUAUCAUAUCUCUUUCCCUUCCCAUCUGUCUGUACAUUCGCCGGAGAUGAACCCUAGUAUGAAGCAUCCGGUGGCGGAGGCGAACGAGGAGAGUCCAUUUGGCUCCUUAACUGCCGACGAGUUCUACUCGCGCCACUCGGUGAGUCACGGCUCCGAGUUCGUCACCAAUACUCGUGGUCUCAAGCUGUACACCCACUGGUGGACCCCGCUCCCUCCGAUUAAGGUGAUCGGCGCCGUCUGCGUCGUCCACGGCUUCACCGGCGACUCCAACUGGCUCAUCCAGCUCACCGCCGUGCACAUCGCGAAGCAAGGAUUCGCCGUCUGCGCAAUCGACCACCAGGGCCACGGCUACACCGAGGGAGGGCUGAAGGCUCACAUACCGGACAUCAAUCCCGUCGUCGACGACUGCGUAGCGUUCUUCGACUCGUUCCGUGACCGCCACGUGCCGCCGGAGCUGCCUUCGUUCCUCUACGCCGAGUCGCUCGGCGGCGCGAUUGCGCUGCUCAUAACGCUCCGCCGCGGCGAUUCCGCCCCGAAACGGCGCUUCGACGGCGUCGUUUUGAACGGGGCCAUGUGCGGCAUCAGCGAUAAGUUCAAGCCGCCGUGGCCGCUGGAGCAUUUCCUUGACAUUGCCGCGUACUUAAUCCCGACUUGGCACGUGGUCCCCACGCGCGGCUCCAUUCCCGACGUCUCCUUCAAGGUGGAAUGGAAGAGGAAACUGGCGAUAGCAAGCCCUACUAGGACCAUGGCGAGGCCGCGAGCAGCGACGGCGCGUGAGCUGUUGAGGGUGUGCAGGGAUCUGCAAGCGAGGUUCGAACAAGUGGAAGUCCCGUUCCUGAUCAUUCACGGCGGGGACGACGUCGUCUGCGACCCGGCGUGCGUGGAAGAGUUGUACCGACGCGCCGCCAGCAAGGACAAGACUCUGAAUAUAUAUCCCGGAAUGUGGCACCAACUGGUGGGCGAGUCGGAGGAGAACGUGGAGCGCGUGUUCGGAGACGUUAUACAGUGGCUCAGAGCCAGAGCCGGAAACCCCACCAGUUAAGACGCACGCCGCCGCCGUGCACGGCGGAGCAUAUGACGCAAUUAAAUGGAAGUUGGGGGUAAUUACUAAUUAGUUGGGCAAUAUUGAAUAAGUGGAUGGUAGUUGGGAGUCUUUUAAUUACGACUUUCCUUUUUAGUAUUUUUAUAUAAUAUAACUUGAAUGGACUACUUGUGCAUUAAUCUUUAGCGAUUUAUGUUUGGAUAAUGACAUAUCCCCAACUUUUGACA